AUGGCUAUAUCGACCGUAGCUGAGCGCUUGCUUCGCCCGUUGAUCCAAGGGGUAUCGCUGCCUCUGAGGCUCUUCCAAGAUCCGUUCUUCACCGGCGUGGCCCUAUUCGCACUGACUCGAGCACCCGUGCAGCACCGAAAUCGACUUUUGACCUUGUUGCGCGAGAGAGGGUUAUCGAGUGACUGUAUGCGCACGCUGAUCUAUGUCUUGAAAGGCCUUUUCGCCGCCGGCGUGCUUCUGAGAGCCAACCAAGCCUUGAACGCGCUGGCGCUGAAGAUGUGGCACUUGAGAAAACCGGGCGCUUCGUACCAGUUCGGUGCGCCGGGCAAGCCCGAGCUCGUCGUCGUCACCGGGGGGUGCAGCGGGUUUGGAUAUGAAAUGGUAAAAGGGUUCAGCAAGUACGCGCGGGUGAUUAUUCUCGACGUCACGCCGGUGCCUCCUGAACUGGCGAUGAUUCCCGAUGUUCAUUACUACCAGUUGGAUCUCGCCGAUUUCCCGGCCAUCGAAUCCACUGCCGAACAGAUCCGCCGCGACCACGGAGACCCAAGUGUUCUCAUCAACAAUGCUGGCAUGGUCUCUGGAACGACCGUGAUUGGCAGCAAUGCCAAGUUGACGGAGCGGAUCUUCAAGGUCAAUGUCGCCUCACACUUUAUCCUCAUCAAGGAAUUCCUCCCUGCCAUGCUCAAGGCGAAGAAGGGCCACGUCGUGACCAUGGCUUCGGUCGCGAGCUUCUUCACCAAGCCAGGGACCAUCGACUAUUGCUGCACCAAGGUCGCAGCCCUGUACCUCAACGACGGACUUCGAGCGGAACUGCGCGACCACUACGAAAAUGGCCGGUGCAUCCAGACGACCUCGGUGCAUCCGGGCUGGCACGCGACCGGCAUGACGGCGCGGCACAGGGCCAGGAUGGAGAAGAAUGGAGCGAGGAUGGCUCCUGCGAGCGACGUCAGCGAUGCCAUCAUCGAGCAAGUUCUCGCCGGGAGGAGUGGCCGGAUUUUCAUGCCCAGGGGUGAAGCGAGGCGCACAAUGAACCGGAAUUGGCCCAUCUGGCUUCAAGAUGCUGUCGCUCAUCUGGAUGACCGGAGCAUGAUCCGUGUUGGCUGA